AUGCCACGGAAGAUUGAACCGCAUGAGAUAAAUCAAGUGCUUCGCAAUUCCAGUGUCCCCAACCUUUCGACUUCCAUUGAUCAUUCUCAAUCUUCUCAACCUCAGGGUAUUUCUUCAAACCCGGUCGAUGUUAGUCCACAGCAGCUUAUGAGUUACAACGAUUGGCGAUUUGGCACACAGAACCAGUUCCAAGACAUGCACACUUUUCAUCCAUCAUAUAUGUUCAACCAUCCCGAAGUUACAAACGAAUAUAAUUUACUUAACGAUUUCCUGAGUACGAGUUUACUUGACGACGCCUCCAUGUAUCCAGGGGAAGAAAUGUCCGGCCUCUAUAGGGAUUCGUCAUUACUUAAUUCCAUGUCAACCAAUCUCAUACCGCACAAUAAUCAGCCGUUUCUUCAACAACAGCAGCAGCAGCAAGCCAUGCUACCUCCAUCAAUACUGUCUGCUCAAUCCCAAACUGCAAACGUGGGGAACUCGAUUCAACGUCCAAGCAGCAAUGUUGGAAAUGAAAAGGCCAAGGAAACUUAUUACAUGACAGCGGCAGAUCCGUCGGGAACCGAUCCACCGGAAGAGAGGAUGAACAAACUUUUAAAAGCCAAGUAUGAUGCGGGCUUGCUGAAGCCAUUCAACUACGUCGGUGGUUACGCGCGGUUAAAUUCGUACAUGGAGAAACAUCUAGAGCCUGCAUCGCGACAAAAGAUCCUUCGCCAACUAGACAAAUUUCGGCCCAAGUUCCGGGAACGGAUGCAAUCACUUACAGAUAUGGAGCUUUUGGUGGUUGAGAUGUGGUUCGAAAGGAGCUUGAUGGAGUACGAUCGUGUCUUCGCGAGCAUGGCGAUACCAGCGUGUUGUUGGAGGAGAACAGGCCAGAUUUUUCGAGGCAAUAAGGAGAUGGCGCAGCUUAUCGACGUUCCCAUUGAGUCUCUGCGAGACGGCAAAUUGGCAAUCCAUGAAAUAAUUGUGGAAGACCAGCUAGUCAGCUACUGGGAGAAAUUUGGAGCGAUUGCAUUCGACAGCACUCAAAAGGCAAUGCUUACGAGCUGUACGCUGAAAAGCCCCAAUUCGAAUAGUCGAGCUGAAGGCAUCAAAUGUUGUUUUUCAUUUACCAUCCGCCGUGAUACUCACAACAUGAUACAAGCCCUUCUCUUAUCGUUGGAAACUUCCUCCCGAUGA